AUGACUCACACACACCGUACACGACUUAUGCGCCUUCCUAAACAAGAAGAAGAACUUCACAUCAUUAGUAAUCCGAUGGAAGCCCAAGAACAACUGGUUCCAUCGAGUCCGACGCGUUUACAACGUGAAGACCUCGGAGAUUAUGAUUAUCAAGCACCUCUGACAGCUCAUUCACUUCGACCUAAUUCUUAUUGGCUAGUCGUUCGUCGUAAUAUACAUCGUAUUCGUUUUAUGGGUUUUCGUGACACAGGCAAAGAAGGUAAAUUACCGGAUUUCUACUUGGGCUUACAAAUGACGCGAGAAUUGAAACGAGCCCAGCAGGAAAUCAAGAACGUUGACCUCGACGAAAACUUCCAAGCUGUGAAAGAAUUUUCUCUUGCCAUGGAUAAAGGUCAAUCGAAAAAAUUCGAUACGCGUCACGUAAAACCCGACGAUGCGCUUAUCUACGAUCGUCUUGGUGAAGAACCUCUAGCAUUACAAAAUCUACUUUACUAUUUCAGUAAACAGAAUGUUCCACAUGGUACAGUGUUUUGGGACUUUUUAAAUGAAGUUAAUCACGUGUUGAAUUUGAAACGAAAACGAACUGUCUUAGUACAACGAUUGAGAAGAUUAGCGUUAUCAUUAGCAUUGAUUAUUUAUAGUUUAAUCGGUUUGAUGUUGUGUCUUAUGAUAAUUAGCAUUAUAACAACAGUAACGAAAAUGAAUGAUCCGGAAGUCGAAUGGAUGGAUCAAAGUAUCGGAGGAAUUUCCGCAGAGUUGCUAUUCGCAAGAUGA